CAUCGACGUUCCACAUCUUCAGCCGCAGCGGGUGAGUGUCGCCGUUUCUCUUUCAACUGUUGGAUCAUCUUCUCUAUCCUUUCUCUUUCUCUUCAUUCCCUGUUUUUUUCCCACUGAUACUGAAUUCUUUUCUUCUCAACUCAACCAUUUUUCUGCAUACAAAGCCCACAAACGCACCUGCCAUGAUGCAUAGCUUAAUGGCUUCACUUGUAACCCAACCCAAAUCUUCGUUAGGGAUUUAAUUUUCCCUCUUUCGUCCCACUCGGAGUUUCUGCAUCAAUUGGAGUCCCAGCAGGUUUAUUUGGACCACUGGGUUGAAUUUUAGAAACUUUGUUGUUGAUUUGCUGCUGCUGCUGCUCGUGGGUUUAAAUCGGCUGACCCGCAUUACUCACUGACUCUUCGAUAUGAGUGGUGCCCCGAAGAGGCCCCAUGAUGAUGGGGGUCACUCUUCAUCUUCCAAAUAUCCCCACGAUGAUUCGAGUCCCUAUCGCAAGCUUUCUUCCUCACUUCCAAUGCAGUAUCGUCCCUCUUUUGAGAUGGGUCAGGACACCCCAAUGUCGAAGAUACCCCGCACCGAAUCCCGUGAUGGAGAUAGAAGAUCCCCUCUGCACUCAAUGUUUCGAAUGCCCUCGUCCUCUAAUGAUCCUCAUGUAGAUCAUUCUGUUGUUUUGGAAAGCAGGCCGGAGCUGCGGGACUCCAAGGACGGUGGGGACAACAGGUUUGAGAAUCGAGAUUCAAGAGUGGAGGCUCGUGAGCUGUUUGGUGAUGAAAGGAGGGAUUCUCAAGCUGUGAAGUUGGAGAAGGAAAUGAGAUACGAAGGCAGAUUGGAUGAUAUUAAGGAAAUGAAAUAUGACAGAGAUGGUUAUAGCGAUUACAAGGGUGAAUUGAAGUCAGAAAAAGAGAUGUAUGGAUCAGCAACCAGUCACUUGAACUGGAAGGAAUCGAAAGAUUACCAUAGAGGGAAGAGAUAUCCUGAGACUUCACUUGGAAGCUUGGAACCCUGGCAUGUUUCACGCACCAGUUCACAGAGUGCAACUGAGGCUGUAAAAGAUGCCCUAAAUACCGACGAGAAAGAUUAUGUUGAGACAAGGGAGGCUGUUGGAGAGAACAAAAUAGAUUCAAAAGGUGAGGAUAAAUUUAAAGAGAAGGACAGGAAAAGGAAAGAUACUAAGCAGCGGGAUUGGGGAGAUAAAGAUAAGGAAAGAAAUGAUCAUAGGAGCAGUACUCAAGUAACAAACAUUAAUGUUGAGCCCAAAGACUUGUCAAAGGAUGAGAGAGAUGCGGAAAGGUGGGAGAGGGACCGGAAAGAUACCUCAAAAGACAAGGAAAGGCCUCGCGAGAGGGACAAAGACCAUGCUGCGAAGAGAGAAUCAUGGAAUGGGAUGGAUAAGGAGACUGCACACCUUGAAAAGGAGUCUGGUGAAGCGUCUGCGAGAAUGUUAGAGCAAGACAAUCCGAUUUCAGAUCAGAAAAAGCAAAAGGAUUUUGAUAGCUGGAAAAAUGCUGAUAGAGAGGGUAGAGACAGGAAGAAAGAGAGGGAUGCAGACAUUGAGGGAGAUCGGCCAGAAAAGCGUAGUAGAUGUCAUGAAAAAGAGUCAGAUGAGGGAUGUGCAGAUGUUGAAGGGACGUUAGACAGGGAGAGGGAAGUUUAUAAUUAUGGUGUUCAGCAUCGAAGAAGAAUGCAACGAUCAAGGGGAAGCCCUCAAGUAGCAAAUAGAGAACCUCGCUUCAGGUCUCGUGCUCAAGAUAACGAAGGAUUACAAGGGAAACCUGAAGUCUCAUCUGUGGUUUAUAAAGUUGGUGAGUGCAUGCAAGAACUAAUAAAGUUGUGGAAGGAACAUGAAUCGUCACAGAUGGAUAAAAAUGGUGAAAGCUCACAGAAUAUCCCCACUCUAGAAAUUCGAAUACCCGCUGAACAUGUUAUUGCUACAAAUAGGCAGGUCAGGGGUGGACAGCUGUGGGGAACAGAUGUGUACACAUAUGAUUCAGAUCUAGUUGCUGUUCUCAUGCAUACAGGCUACUGUCGACUAACAGCUUCUCCACCUCCACCUGCAAUCCAGGAGUUGCGUGCAACCAUCAGAGUAUUACCCCCGCAAGAUUGUUACAUUUCUACUCUUCGAAAUAACGUUCGAUCUCGAGCUUGGGGAGCUGCUAUUGGUUGUAGCUAUUGCGUUGAGAGAUGCUGCAUUGUGAAGAAAGGAGGUGGAGCCAUUGACCUGGAGCCGUGUCUUACACAUACAUCUGCAGUUGAGCCCACCCUUGCUCCUUUGGCUGUUGAGCGGACCAUGACUACAAGGGCUGCAGCCUCUAAUGCAUUGCGUCAACAGAGGUUUGUAAGAGAAGUUACAAUUCAGUACAACCUUUGCAAUGAACCAUGGAUUAAAUACAGUAUAAGUAUUGUUGCGGACAAAGGUCUAAAGAAGCCCCUCUACACAUCUGCGCGGUUGAAAAAGGGAGAAGUCUUAUAUCUCGAAACACAUUCGUGUAGGUAUGAACUCUGCUUUUCCGGAGAGAAGAUGGUGAAAACCAUUGCAUCAUCUCAAGGGCAUGAAGCUGAAGCCGAUAAAUCUCAGAAUCACUUUGUACACUGCCCAAAUGGUGAAAGAACCGAUAACGAUAAUACUUUGAUUGAUGUGUUUCGGUGGUGUCGCUGUAAGAAGCCACUGCCUCAGAAGGUCAUGCGUUCUAUUGGGAUUCCACUUCCUUCUGAACACGUAGAGGUACUCGAGGAUAAUCUGGACUGGGAAGAUGUACAGUGGUCACAGACUGGCGUUUGGAUAGCUGGGAAAGAAUAUCUACUUGCUCGUGUGCAUUUUCUAUCCAUGAAUUAGAUCCUUUUUUUUUUUUUUUUUUUUUUUUUUUUUUUUUUUUUUUUUUUUUUUUUUUAUGUUCAUCUUGUAACUUUUAGAUGUAUGAGAAUAUGUAUUUCAUAAUCAUAUUUCAGAGUAAGAAGAGAUGCUAUUACAAUAGAGUGCAAAUUUUUAUUAGUUGAUAUUAUAUUGGAUGUGAAAAACUUGGUUCUUUCAUCUGUGA